AUGGAAAAACUUAUACUCGGUCUUUUCGUUUUCAGCGCUGUUGCUUUUGCGAACCCUCUGUCAUCACCUGAGCCACAAGGACUUAGGACUCUUUCUUCGUCCUAUGUUGAUGGUGCAUCCCUCUCAUAUCGGAAAACACCGAUCUGCUCAACCCCGGACCUCGAUACUUACAGCGGUUAUGUCCAUCUUCCACCCCGUGUAGACGAUGCACAUCCCCACCCAAGCAACCUGUUCUUCUACUAUGCCAAGUUGACCAAGAACAGAACAGCUCCAUUGACGAUCUAUCUCGGCGGUGGUCCAGGAGCAAGCUCCCUAUCUUCUAUGGUCACUGAAGUAGGACCUUGCUCCGUGAACUCAGAUUCGAAUAGUACAUCGCCGAAUCCCUGGUCCUGGACACGCGAAUCCGAUAUCCUCUUCAUCGACCAGCCAGUUCAAACUGGAUUCUCAUAUGAUGUGCUUACGAAUGCCACAAUUGACUAUUCAACAAGCACCAUCACUCCAACUGACUUCCAUGACGGAGUCCCAGCAGUGAACCAUACAUUCGGGGCCGGGGUGUUCGGGUCCCAGAAUUUCAACGGAACGGUAAAUUCGACGACGAAUGGGGCGAGAGUGUUGUGGGAUUUUGUACAGGUCUGGAUUAAUGAAUUUCCCGAGUAUGAAUCACCGGAUAAGAAUGUACAUAUUUGGACUGAAUCAUUCGGCGGACGAUACGGCCCAUCAUAUACCGCAUAUUUCCUGGACCAGAAUGAAAAAAUGCGCAAGAAGAAAACGACUAACACGUCAUCUCCUUCUCCGAUCAAGAUCGACACAUUAAGCAUCCACAACGGGUGCAGCGACAUCAUCACGCAGGGUGCAUUCUACCCUAUAUUCGCAUACAAUAAUACAUACGGCGUACAGAUCAUCAAUAAAGCGCAAUACGAAGAAGCUAACUAUAAUUUGACUAAACCUGGCGGUUGCAUGGAGAUGGCCGUGAAAUGUCAGGAACUUGCACAAAGGCUGGACCCGCAUAACCUCGGAAAUAAUGCGGACGUCAAUGCUGCAUGUUUCGCUGCCGAUCAAUACUGCUAUGCGAAUGUGUUGGGCGUUUAUGCCUUGUCUGGGCGUGAUGUGCAUGAUCUGGCCGAGGUUCCCACUUCGACUAUGCCACAGCCUUACUCGGAUGGCUUUUUUAAUCAACCAUGGGUGCAGGACGCUUUGGGUGUUCCAGUGAACUUCACUGCGAAUUCCAAUGUCGUUUAUAAUGCAUUCUGGAGUACCGGAAAUGCGCUCAUCACCCGUGGAAACGCAAUGGACGACUUCGCAUCGAUCAUGAAACGGGGCGUUAAGGUCAAUCUUAUCUAUGGGGAUAGGGACUAUCUCUGCAAUUGGAUGGGCGGCGAGAACGUCAGCUUAUCCAUAAAACACGACCAAUCUGCGGCGUUCCGCUCCAGCGGGUAUACAGAUCUCAUUACAAAUCAAACGUAUGUGGGCGGUGUUGUUCGUCAACAUGGGAAUCUUUCCUUCACACGGGUGUUUGAUGCGGGACAUGCCGCUGCUGCCUUCCAACCUGAGACUAUGUUCCGUAUUUUCUCGCGGGUCAUAAACUCGAAAGACAUUGCAACAGGGAAUAUCUCAUUGUCUGAUGAGUGCAGGGGGAGCUAUCAGACCCGAGGCCCACAUUCAAGCCUUGACAGAAAGAACAAGCUCCCCUCUGCUGCAGCCCCGGUGUGCUACACUCUGGACAUACCUACGACCUGUACAGACAACCAGAAAGCAGCAUUGAUGAAUGGGACAGCCGUCGUGAAAGGCUUCGUAGUAAAGUGGCCUGUCUCCUAG